AUGGCUGCGCGGGAAAGCUGUCUCGAUGGUAAAGAGGGAGAGACCUCCGUGCUCUGUCUCCACGCCAUUCUCCCCAGACACGCGGGAAGGUCAAGCGGGGCAAACCGCACUCCCUUCCCUGAAGUCCGGGCAGCCUUCGAGGCACUGGAGCGUGCAAUGCGGCACUCUCACUCUCCCCCUGGGGAGAGAGAGAGGCCCGUGAUCUGGGCGGUGCGUGAAGGCGUCAGUCAGCCCAGGCAGGGGAAGCAGAAGAAGCACCGGGGUGCACUCCCUUCCCUGAUGUCCGGGCAGCCUUCGAGGCACUGGAGCGUGCAUCGCAGGGGGAGAGUGAGAGAGAGCCGCGAGGAGAGCUCAAGAUGGCCGCCGUGGCUGAACGUCUGCUCCCGUUUGCAACAUGAAGCCGUGAAAGAGACGCAUCCCGAGUUCACUCCGGUCGCGGGACACACGCACCGGCUCUCGCACACUGUCAUGGGCGUGCAGGGCUUUCAGGAGUAUCUGGAGAAGCGGUGUCCCGGGGCUGCUGUUCCCGUGGACCUGCUGAAACUUGCCCGUACGGCGGCCCGUCAGCCUCCCCUACACCACCCACACCAUCAUGGACACCACCCUGGGCCCGUACCCCCGCCGCCCACACGGAUCCUCAUGGAUGCAGACUCGGGCCUGCAGCGGCUCUACGGUGGCUAUCAGACUGACUGGGUGUGCGGAGGGGAGUGGAACGCCAUGCUGGGAUACUUGGCUGCUCUGUCGCAGGCCUGUCUUUACCAGGGUGGGCUGGAGCUCGUGGUGGUCUUCAACGGGACGCUGGGGAAGGAGCGCUGGCCUGAAUGGUCACGCAGAGUCCAGGGCCAGCGUCAGACUGCUCAGCUCAUUGUGAACCAUGUGGGGAGCAAAGCCACACCACCUCCACGUGCAUGGUUCCUCCCUCCAGCCUGCCUCAGCCACUGCGUGCGCCUGGCCAUGUUCCGCUUCAGAGUGCGGGUGGUACAGACGCUGGAAGACCACCACCAGGAGGUGCUGUCUCUUUACCGGGACUUUGGUUUCACAGGGCUAAUUGCUCAGGACUCUGAGUUUGCGCUGUGUAACGUCCCAGCAUAUUUCUCAUCUCAUGCCCUCAAAUUAAGCUGGAAUGGCAAGAACUUGACCACACACCAGUACCUGCUUUCCGAGGCCGCCAGACAACUGGGCCUGAAGACCCAGCACCUGCCCUGCUUUGCUGCACUGCUCGGAAACCACAUUCUGCCUGAUGAGGACCUGGCUGCCUUCCACUGGAGCCUCCUGGGACCAGAGCAUCCGCUCGCUUCACUUAAGGUCCGUGCACAUCAGCUGGUGCUGCCUCCCUGUGAGGUGGUGAUCAAAGCCGUAUCAGAAUACGUCUCCUCUAUCAAAGACCUCAGCAACCUAGACUCCAUCGCCAAAGACGUCUUCAAACAAGCUCAGUCUCGAAUGGAGGACAAGAUCGACCGUUUCAAAAAAGCUGUGGAGUAUUUCUCUGCUGCCUCUAAACCACGCUCUCACAACAUGGGCCCCUCCGCCUUCAUCUUACCAGGUUUUGGACCUCCUCCAUUUGGACCUGGACCCAUGGGACCCGUGCAGCCCGGGAAGAACCAGUUCUCUGCUCCUCCUGCUCCGGGUCUGAAGUUUCAGAACACUCACUUUUGCUCUGGUUCUCCGCUGUUCCAAGCACCACCCACAGACUGUAACGAUUCACUGUCCCACAAAAUGGGCUUCUCCGAUUGGUCGGCUCCGUAUGACUCCACUCAUGGCGGGGGCAGAUUACCCAAUCACCACACAGGACCACAGUCUGGCCCAUCCCCUUCGCCGUCGUCUUCAUCAGAUGGAGACGAACCCAACGAGAACACAAACCAUAUGACAGACAAGAGCUCUCGCUGGGAGGAGACCUCUGCAAAGCUGGGCUCUGGAGACACUUCCUCUGGAAACGGUGGCUCAACUAUCCCUUCUCUGCUCUCCAUGGCCACGCGCAGCCACAUGGACAUCACAACGCCACCCCUGCCACAGGUCAGUGCUGAGGUGCUCCGUGUGGCAGAGCACAGACACCGGAGAGGACUCAUGUACCCACAGAUCUACCACAUCCUCACAAAGGGUGAGAUGAAGAUGCCCGUGUGCAUAGAAGAUGAGUGUAACACUGAGCUGCCUCCAGCCUCUCUCCUGUUCAGAGCGGCGAGACAGUACGCAUAUGGAGUGCUCUUCAGUUUAGCAGAGACUCACCGGCGUCUGGAGAGACUGGCCCUGCGCAAGAGGGCCCCCCUGGAAGUUCCCCCAGUGAUCGUGAAGGAGUGGAGUUGUGGUAAAGCGAAGUCAGCUCUUACCCCGGAGCUGGUGCCUGCGCUGUGUUUCCGUGAAUGGACCUGUCCCAACCUGAGGCGUCUGUGGCUAGGUCGUGCCUCUGAGGACCGCUCCCGGAGAACAAGGGCCUUCUUAGCCUGUCUGCGCUCUGACUGCCCCGCACUGCUCAACCCUGCACAAGUGCCCCAACACCUGCUGCUCAUGUGCUGUGUGCUCAGGUAUAUGAUGCAGUGGCCUGGAGGCAGAAUUCUUCAGAGACAUGAACUCGAUGCCUUUUUGGCUCAGGCAGUUUCUAGUCAGCUCUAUGAGCCGGAUCAGCUGCAAGAACUCAAGGUGGAGAAGGUGGAUGCCCGCGGGGUGCAGCUUGCUGCACUUUUCAUGGCUGGUGUGGACACAGCACUCUUCAUCAAUGACGUGUGUGGACAGCCAUUGCCAUGGGAACACUGCUGCCCCUGGGGAUUCUUUGACGGGAAAUUGUUCCAAAGUAAAUUGUCAAGAGCAUCCAGAGACCGCUCCUCGCUCCUGGACAUGUGCGAGGGACAGGAAGAGCUGAUGUCCAAAGUGGAGAAGAUGCGUCAGGCCAUCUUGGAGGGCAUUAACCUGUCACGCCCACUUCCCCCUCCUCCUCCUCUGCCUCCCUCUGCUUUUCUGCCUCCCUCCAUGGUGCCUCCCUUCUACCCCCUCCCCCCUCUGUACCCUCCCAGACCCAUGGGUAUGCCCCCCCAUCACCCGCACCACCCCCACCACCCACACCACCCCUCCCAGCACAGACCCAGAGCAUUCCCAGGCCUCCAGUCCAUCCCUCCUCAGGGUGGGAAGUUGGAGAUCGCAGGGAUGGUGGUGGGACAGUGGGCCGGAAACAAACCGGUGCGCGGUCGUGGCGGCUUCAACAUGCAGGUGGUGUCUGUGGGAGUAGGACGAGGUAGAGGUAAAGAAAUUCCAGCUAAAAUGAGAGGAGGAAAGAAGGCCACUGCCAACAGAUCCCAGUCGUCUCCUCCCUCCAGCCCACUAGAAGAGAUGGGCUCAGUGCCAGACUCCGUGUCACAGAUAAACGGUAGUUUGGCCGCUGCCAUUGGCCAGCCCCUGGACCUGGCCCCUCUGGCCCAGCCAAUCCCAUGUGCCUUAACCAGCAGAGACAACCAAUCAGAGGAGGCUGUGUGUUGCCUUGAAGACUGUUCGUCAGACGGAGCGCUGUUGAAGGAGGAAUGA